AAUCAAAGCGAAUGUAAUAAGAAGAAAACCCCGAAACGCUCUUUUCGCCGUCGUUCUAUUCCGAUGUCGCAAACCGAAACCCUAUCGUUGAUUCAAGAGAUUGAAUCUCUCGUCUCCGAUCAACUUCAAGUGGUUUCGUACAAGUGGUUGAGUCGCAGUUAUCUCAUAUCAUCCAAUGAAGCAAAGAGGUUGCUUCAUGAAUUUGUUGAAAAGCAUGAGGGUGAGUUGGAAGUGGUGUAUGCUUUGUCGGGCUGGUUAAAGAGUACUAUUCCCAGCUACCACAUAAGGCUUGUUACUGGACAAAAGCUUGCAGAAGCACAGCAAGAGUUUGAUGGGAGUUGCUCAGUCCAGGUAUAUAGUGUGCAAACCAGCAUUCCAAAGGAUCCAGCUGUGCUUUGGAAUGCAGAAUUCAUUCAAGCAGAAGAGCUCUUCAAGCAGCCUGCCUCGGUUGAUAAUUGUUUGAGAGACAAUAGGUUCUGUGGGAUAUCUAAUUCAUCUGUACAAAGGAAUGUGGAUGGUCAAACGGCAGUUUCUACCACUCCACAAAUCAAAACUGUAGCUGGCUUGGCACCAACAAAGAGUAACAUCAUUCCCCAGCCUCCAAAAAACACAGUUCACAAUUCUAUUGCUAAAGUUGAUCUCAAACCACAGAAUAUGGUGAAAGAUGUCAAGAGUGAAAGCAACGGUACAGGGAAUACAGGAGUUCAUGUUAACAUCAAUAAACCUACUGCAGAGAAAGAAAAGCCCCUUCCCUUGCCCACAGGCAAAAAGAAAAUACAAGCUGAUAAAAGUGGCUCUGCUACUGGAAAUUCGUUGGCAAGCUUUUGGGCUCGUCCAUCUGCAAAACCCAAGCCUUGCUCUGUGCCAGCCGAAAAUAGCAACAUGAUUACAAAUCCUGCUGAAGCUACUGAAAAUGCACAAGCUUGUCCUCAUGAAGCAGAAGAGGGUGACAGUGGUGAUGAUGAUAAUCAAGGUGUCACCUUAAGAAGAUCAUCCAAUAGGAAAAGGAGGGUUGUCUUUGAUUUCUCAGAUGAAGACGAAGAUGAAGUUGUUGUAAAUUUAGCAUCACCUGAUGUCCCUAGUAAACAGUCAUCUCAAGAUUCCAGGCAAAAUGACAUGGAGUUUUCAGAGAAAGCCACUUUGAAUUUCGAUGUGCCGAUAGAAAAUAAAUCAAUGGUUAAGGAAGAGAGAGCAACUGAGAAAAAAGUUUUCCAACCACCAAGAGAAGAUUUAUCAGUUAUCAACAAGUGCACAAAUACUGGGAAAUCAUCUACUGAUAAGUUGCAGAGUAGUACUCCGGAAAUUUGUGUAAAUAAGGAUAGUGUAAAAAAGGCAACUCCAGGUUCACCUAAGAGGCGAAAAGUGAUGAAGACAAGGAUUGAUGAACGAGGAAGAGAAGUAACUGAAGUAGUCUGGGAGGGGGAGGAGACAGAGGCAAAGAAAGCUGACACGGUGACAGCAAAGAAAGCUGAUACAGUUCCAGCAAAGAAAGCAGACAAUACUGCAUCUACCAAUGCUGUCAACAGUGCACAGGCAACUAAGAAGCCAGCAGCUACAUCAAAUACUACUGGAAAAGGAGGAAGCAAGAAAGCAGCAAACUCAAAGGAUCCCAAACAGGGCAAUAUUCUUUCAUUUUUCAAGAGAGUAUGAAACCAUCAUCACAAAAGAAUUACAAUAUUCCCGGGACAUUGCUUCUAGCAGGAUAAUUCAUCAAUGGUACUUCCUUUGUGACUGAAGAUUAUGCAUUAUAUAGAUCUAGUUCUAUUUUAGUUUUGAGUGUUUCUUGUAAUCUGCAUUCCAGAUAGUUGAAUGUGUUAUGAUUUUCUUUUUUUCUUCUUGUACAAGGGCUGUUUCCACUUUCCUCCACUCUAUCUCUCACAUCAAUUAUUUUUGUGUCUCUCUUCGUUGUGGUGUGAUGAGAGUAAACUCUAUAGAGCAUAUGAUACAAAUUGUAGUAGGUGAUUUCAGCAGUUAAUUGAGAUGUACCAAUUUAGAGGA